AUGGCCGGCCGCGCUGAACGCUGGGACCGCGACCGAUUCGUGUACGAGCGGGAGCGUGACCGCGGCUACCCUGACGACCGCGCCCCUCGCUACCCUCCAGAACGCAGCCGCUAUGAGGAGCGUGAGGAGUACCAUCCCCCGCCCCGCCGUGGUAGAGACCACUCGGACGAGCGCUUCGACCGAGGCCCCUAUGACCGCGGACACCGCGGCGGCUUUGAUGACGACCUGGUGAGAGACCGCCGCUACGUCGAGGAGGAUCGCUACGGCCCUCGUCGAGGAGAGCCACUGGACCGCGAGUUUGACCGUCGCCUGUUCUUCGAGAAGGAUCCUAUGCCCCAGCGCGAAAUCCAGGAUCCGUACCCGGCCCGCCGCCCAACCAUGGUCCGCCGCCAGUCGUCCCUGGACACGUUCGACCGCCGCCCGCUCCGCUUCUACGAGCGUGAAGAGUACCCUCCGCCAGCUCGCCGCGAGGAUGUCCGCCCUCGCGACCCUCGCGACGACUACCGAGCACCCCCAUACGUUCCGAUCCCUCUGCCCCGCACCCGGCAGCUGGGCCCUGCGCCCUCUCAGCGCUACGACGAGAUCCAGAUUGCCGAGCCGGGCUACUACGGCGAUGAGGAGUUCCGCGGCAUGCCUGAGCGAGUCAAAGAGCGCGAGGUCGUCACGUCGCGCCGCCGCAGAGACCGCAGCCGCGAGUCCAGAGUAUCGAGGUCCACCAGAAAGAGCUCACACCGGAGCAGCUCGAGGUCGAGCAGCACCUCCAGCAGGACAACGACCAGCAGCAGCAGCAAAAGCACCACCACCAUUCGCAGCACGUACCCCAAGAAGGGAAAGACCCGUAUCCCAGCCCGUCUAGUCUCCAAGCGAGCUAUCAUCGACUUGGGAUAUCCCUACAUUGAAGAGGGAAACACCGUCAUCAUUUUGAAGGCUCUUGGCCAGGAGAACAUUGACGAACUGCUGAAGCUCAGCGAAGAAUACAAGCAAAGUGAGCUCGAGGUUGCCGCCGCUCGCUCAUCAGCCGCUCAUCUUGAAGAACGCCAUGAGGAGGUUUACACCAUCCCUCCACCAGCGGCACUCCCGCCGCCCCCUGCUCCCGCCUCAGUAGCGCCGCCCCCUGCUCCCGCCUCAGUAGCGCCGCCUCCUGCUCCCGCCUCGGUAGCGCCGCCUCCUGCGCCGCCAACCGUUGUCGAAGUACCGGCUCCGGCUCCGGCUCCGGCCCCGGCCCCGGCCCCUACUGUCAUCCUAGAAGCGCCGCCCCCGCCACCGGCUCCAGUGGAGGUUGUCAACAAGACUACCAUUAUCCGUGAUGUCUCUCCUGCCCGCAGCAGCACAUCUUACACGACGUCCACGGCGCCGACAAUCUAUGAGCGCCGUGAGUACAGCGAGGAGGUGCCCAUCGGACCCAUGGCCGUUGCGGAGCGCCGACGCAGCCGCUCCCGCUCCCGCUCGCGAAAGGACAUCAGAGCCGAAAUCAAGGCGCUAGAGGCUCAGCUACAUGAACGCCGCCGCCACGGAAACCGCGAGCUCGUCCGUGCGGAGCAGAUGCCCGAUGGCGCCGUCGUCCUGUUCGAGGAGAGGGUCGAAAAGGUCGAAGAGCCACGGCGCGGGGUGCGGAUCGAGAAGGACAAGAAAGGCCCUCCUCCCAAGCUUAUGCGCGCCAUGCUGGCUACACUCACGUAA